AUGGCACCUCUACCCCGUUCCCUAAGCUUUUCCUUACAAGGCAUCCAGAAGGCAGAAUUUCCACAUUUAUCGGCCACUAUUACACAAGAUUCACGUGCUCCGCAGGCCUACGGGGCCAUCCUGGUGGUGUCUGCCCCGAGGAGCCACCCCUGUGCCGCCUCCCCCGCCCCUGCACACGGCGGCGGCCGCGGGGUGACCGGGCCCGCCGCCACGUGCUGCAGUUCCGUACCUGCAGCCGCCGCGGGCCUCGGCGGCCCAUUCCUCCCUCAGCAACCUCCCUCCUGCCCGCCCCGCCGCAAUCCGCCCGGCACGGCCACCCGCAACCCGCGGCCUCCUCGCUCCCUUCACUCCCCGCCCUGUGCAGGCCGUGGUGCUCCCAUCAGGGCCGGCGGCCCCACGCCCGCCCCUGCCGGCAGCACGACCCCUCCGGCCGCGUCCCCGCUCCGUGGCCGCGUCCCCGCUCCGUGGCCCCGUCCUCCCGUGGCCCCGUCCUCCCGUGGCCCCACGGCGUCCCCCCGGAGCCGCGGAGGGGCGCGGGCGCUCACCGUGCGUGCGCACAAAAUGGCGGCCCGGCUCCAAAGAAAGGGGGCGGUGCCGCGCCCGCCCUUAACAGCGGGGCCUUGGCGGGGCUGCCCGCGCCGCGCCUGA